GUGGGGACGGCGACAUACCAUUGCAUUCAGUGUCCCUGCCAGCUGCCGGAGCAGUGGACUGUGGUGCGGCUCCACGUGCCCUCAGCGUUGGGCGUGGUUCCGGGAGUUAACCGACACGGCUUCCUCUUGAGAUCCAUCCAGAUCUGUUCGUCUCUGUACGUGCGGAAUGCCUUCACCUCCGACCGAUACUACGCCGCCAACGCUGGACCUCGCGAAAUCCUGGGUGAGUUCAAGGACUGGGCAUGGGUCGAUGUUCCGGAUGCAGGAGAG